CCCGGCCGGGCGGAGUCUCUCUGACAGGGCGGGGGAUGCGCGGCGGCCGCUCUCUCGGACCCUGAGGCUGCUGGGCCCACCCUCCCGGAACCGUCCGACCCUUGGUGGCCUUAGCCUCUGCUGUCUCCGGCGGCCUGACCCUGGGGCCGCGGGUGGGAAGUGGCUUCUGGCGAAGAGGAGGGGGCUGUGGUGGCCACCGCGGCGGAGCCCGAGUUCUUUUGCCACGAAAAUGGUUUGCACGGUCUUGAACACAUACUAUCCAUGCUGAUGGGACAGAGUCCAAUAUGAAUAUAAAUGAUGGAGGAAGACGACGCUUUGAGGAUAAUGAACAUACAUUACGUAUAUAUCCUGGGACAAUUUCAGAAGGGACUAUCUACUGUCCAAUUCCUGCCAGAAAAAACUCCACAGCUGCUGAGGUGAUCGACUCUCUUAUAAACAGACUUCAUCUUGACAAAACAAAAUGUUAUGUUCUUGCAGAAGUAAAGGAAUUUGGUGGAGAAGAAUGGAUACUCAAUCCAACAGACUGUCCAGUUCAGCGAAUGAUGUUGUGGCCUCGGAUGGCUCUGGAAAAUCGCCUGAGUGGAGAGGACUACCGCUUUCUUCUGAGAGAAAAAAACCUUGAUGGAUCAAUCCAUUAUGGUAGUCUGCAGUCAUGGCUACGGGUGACAGAAGAACGCCGCAGGAUGAUGGAACGGGGUUUUCUUCCACAGCCUCAACAGAAAGACUUUGAUGAUUUAUGUAGCUUACCUGAUUUGAAUGAGAAAACUCUUUUAGAAAACCUACGAAAUCGCUUUAAGCAUGAAAAAAUUUACACCUAUGUUGGCAGUAUUCUAAUAGUUAUUAACCCAUUCAAGUUUCUUCCUAUUUAUAAUCCCAAAUAUGUCAAAAUGUAUGAUAAUCACCAAUUGGGAAAACUGGAGCCCCAUAUUUAUGCUGUGGCUGACGUAGCUUAUCAUGCCAUGCUUCAGCGCAAAAAGAAUCAGUGCAUCGUGAUUUCAGGAGAGAGUGGUUCUGGAAAGACUCAAAGCACAAACUUUCUUAUUCACCACCUUACUGCUCUCAGUCAGAAGGGAUUUGCCAGUGGAGUGGAACAAAUUAUUCUUGGAGCUGGACCAGUGCUUGAGGCCUUUGGAAAUGCAAAGACAGCUCAUAAUAACAAUUCAAGUCGUUUUGGCAAAUUUAUUCAAGUAAAUUACCAAGAAACUGGCACCGUACUUGGUGCCUAUGUUGAAAAAUAUCUACUGGAGAAGUCCAGACUCGUUUAUCAAGAGCAUAAUGAACGGAACUAUCAUGUAUUUUAUUACCUCCUGGCAGGAGCAAGUGAAGAAGAAAGAUUAGCAUUCCAUCUUAAACAACCAGAAGAAUAUCAUUAUCUCAAUCAGAUAACAAAGAAACCCCUCAGACAGAGCUGGGAUGAUUAUUGCUAUGACUCUGAGCCGGAUUGCUUCUCGGUGGAGGGGGAAGAUUUGAGGCAUGAUUUUGAACGCUUACAACUGGCCAUGGAAAUGGUAGGAUUUCUUCCCAAGACACGAAGACAGAUUUUCUCUCUUCUCUCAGCAAUACUACAUUUGGGUAAUAUCUGUUAUAAAAAGAAGACAUACCGGGAUGACUCCAUAGAUAUCUGUAAUCCUGAAGUUCUGCCCAUUGUCUCAGAAUUAUUAGAAGUUAAAGAAGAGAUGCUAUUUGAAGCGUUAGUUACAAGGAAGACUGUGACAGUGGGAGAAAAGCUUAUCUUGCCAUAUAAGCUGGCAGAGGCUGUGACAGUGAGGAAUUCCAUGGCUAAAUCCUUAUAUAGUGCCCUGUUUGACUGGAUAGUUUUUCGGAUUAAUCAUGCACUUCUGAAUAGUAAAGAUUUGGAGCAAAAUACAAAGACUUUGUCCAUUGGUGUUCUUGAUAUUUUUGGGUUUGAAGAUUAUGAAAAUAACAGCUUUGAACAGUUCUGUAUUAAUUUUGCUAAUGAACGUUUACAACACUACUUCAAUCAGCAUAUUUUUAAAUUGGAGCAAGAGGAGUAUAGAACUGAAGGUAUCAGCUGGCACAAUAUAGAUUAUAUUGAUAAUACCUGUUGUAUAAAUCUUAUUAGCAAGAAGCCAACAGGUCUGCUCCAUCUUUUGGAUGAAGAAAGCAACUUUCCACAGGCCACAAAUCAAACAUUGCUAGAUAAAUUUAAGCAUCAGCAUGAAGAGAAUUCUUACAUUGAGUUUCCAGCCGUGAUGGAGCCUGCUUUCAUCAUAAAGCAUUACGCUGGGAAAGUGAAGUAUGGGGUCAAGGAUUUCCGGGAAAAAAAUACAGAUCAUAUGCGCCCUGACAUUGUAGCUCUUCUAAGAAGUAGCAAGAAUGCAUUUAUCUCUGGGAUGAUUGGAAUUGAUCCCGUAGCUGUUUUCCGAUGGGCAGUUCUCAGAGCUUUUUUCAGAGCCAUGGUUGCUUUCAGGGAAGCUGGGAAAAGACACAUUCAGACAAAAACUGGGCAUGAUGAUACAGCGCCAUGUGCAAUUUUGAAAAGUAUGGAUAGUUUUAGCUUUCUCCAGCACCCAGUCCACCAGAGGAGCUUAGAGAUUCUGCAGAGGUGCAAGGAAGAGAAGUACAGUAUAACCCGGAAAAAUCCCAGAACACCUCUUUCUGAUCUCCAGGGCAUGAAUACUCUAAAUGAAAAAAACCAACAAGAUACAUUUGAUAUUGCAUGGAAUGGCAGAACUGGGAUUCGUCAGAGCAGACUAUCGAGUAGCACCUCUUUGCUUGAUAAGGAUGGGAUAUUUGCUAAUUCAGCUAGCAGCAAACUCUUGGAGAGAGCCCAUGGAAUUCUCAUGAGAAACAAAAAUUUCAAGUCCAGGCCUGGCCUUCCAAAGCACUUGCUAGAGGUAAAUUCUUUAAAGCACCUGACAAGACUGACGCUACAGGAUCGCAUCACCAAGUCUCUUCUUCAUUUGCACAAGAAGAAAAAGCCUCCCAGUAUCAGUGCCCAGUUUCAGGCCUCCUUAAGUAAGCUGAUGGAGACACUUGGUCAAGCAGAACCCUAUUUUGUAAAAUGCAUUCGCUCUAAUGCUGAAAAGCUGCCAUUAAGAUUCAAUGAUGCCUUAGUGCUUCGACAGCUUCGGUACACUGGAAUGCUAGAGACCGUUCGAAUUCGCCAAUCCGGAUACAGCUGCAAAUAUGCUUUCCAGGAUUUUGUGAGCCACUUCCAUGUACUUCUUCCCCGAAAUAUUAUUCCAUCCAAAUUUAACAUUCAGGAUUUCUUCAGGAAAAUAAAUCUUAAUUCAGAUAAUUACCAAGUUGGAAAAUCCAUGGUGUUCCUAAAGGAACAGGAACGACAGCACCUACAAGAUCUGCUUCACCAAGAGGUGCUCCGCAGGAUCGUAUUGUUGCAGCGAUGGUUCAGGGUUCUGCUGUGUAGGCAGCAUUUUCUCCAUCUGAGACAGGCAUCCAUCAUUAUCCAGCGAUUCUGGAGGAAUUACCUAAAUCAGAAGCAAGUCAGAAAUGUAGCUGUGCAAAAGGAUGUUUUAGUUAUGGCUAGUGCAGCCACUCUGCUCCAGGCCUCCUGGCGUGCUCACUUAGAGAGGCAGAGGUAUUUGGAGCUCCGGACUGCAACUAUCAUCAUCCAGCAGAGAUGGAAGGAAUAUUAUAGACAGAGACAUAUGGCUGCUGUCUGCAUUCAGGCAAGAUGGAAAGGCUACAGGGAAAGUAAGAGGUAUCAAGAACAAAGAAACAAAAUCAUCCUUUUGCAAUCAAUUUGUAGAGGAUUCAGAGCAAGACAAAGGUUUAAAAUUUUAAAAGAACAAAGACUGAAAGAAACAAAACUAGAACUUGGAUUGGCAAAUACUGAGCCUUCUGGAGCUCUGGAAAUCCAGGGUUCAGACCCUUCAGAAUGGGAGGAUUGUUCCUUUGAUAACAGAGUUAAAGCUAUAGAGGAAUGUAAGUCUGUGAUAGAGAGUAAUCGAAUUAGCCAGGAAAGUUCAACAGACUGCUUGAAAGAGUCCCCAAACAAGCGACAGGAGAGAGCCAGAAGCCACAGUGGUGCAGACUUGCAGGAAGAAGUGAUUGUCAGAGAGAGACCUAAGUCCUUGGAGGAUCUCCACCAAAAAAAAGUAGGUCGGGCCAAAAGAGAAAGUCGGAGAAUGAGAGAAUUAGAGCAGGCUAUAUUUAGUUUAGAAUUGUUGAAAGUUCGUUCUCUUGGUGGCGUAUCUCCCUCCGAGGAACGUAGAUGGUCUACAGAACUGAUGCCGGAAGCCCUUCAGUCUUUACAUGGUACACCUGACAGUGAAAGCUCUCAGGGAAGCUUGGAACUUCUGAGUUGUGAGGAAAGCCAGAAGAGCAAACUGGAAUCCAUAACUUUAGAUGAAGGAGACUUGCAGCUUCAGUCACCUAAAAUAUCUAGCAGUCCAAAAUUUGAUUCGCAGAACAAUGCCGUCAGUGCCUCAGGUGAGACUAACUAUACUUUGAUUGAAAAGGGGGCAUCCUCUGACUCAGUCUAUUUGAAGAAUGGGACUAUGAAGGAAAAACUGGUUUGCAGUUCUGAAUCUAUUACCUGUAAGCCACAGCUGAGAGACCCCUUUAUUUCAAAUAGUUUGCCUACGUUUUUUUAUAUCCCUCAACAAGACCCACUGAAAACAAGUUCCCAACUAGAUACAAGUAUCCAGAGAAACAAGCUAUUAGAAACUGAAGAAACACUUUCAGCUCUCACUUCGGAUAUCAACAGGGAAGCCAGAAUGUACCACUUUCCAGGAGAAAAUCAAGUUGUUACAUCUUUGAAUACAGAUUCUUCUAAUACUGUGCUGAAGAAGUUAGAAAAGCUAAACAUUGAGAAGGAAGAAAGGCAAAAGCAGUUGCAGCAGCAGAAUGAAAGAGAGAUGAUGCAACAGAUUCGUCAGCAGACAGGUAUUUUAGAGAAGGAGCGUAAAGCCUUCAAGACGAUUGAAAAGCCAAGAACUGGGGAGUCCUUCCUGACACCAUCUUUCCAUCCAUCAGAGCAAAGAGCAGAGAGGCCAUCCUCCCUCCUUAUUCUGAAUACCCUAAAUAAGGAAGAGCCCAAUGUAGUAGGGCCUCCAUCAGUAACAGUAAAAGAUGCAGCUCUUCUUCCAAAAGAUAGCCCUUCUGCUCACCCACCCCAGAAGGACCGACCUGUCACCUUGUUCUUUGAAAAGAAAGGAGGCCCAUGCCAGUCUGCUACUACCAAGGAAUUAUCCAAGACAGACAGAAUAUGCACCCAACUGAAUGUAGCCAGUAAACUCUCUAAUAAUCGUAUUUCAAAAAGAGAACACCACAGACCUACUCAGUCUUAUAGCCACAAAUCUGAUGACUCCUCCAGAGAUGGAAAUACUAGGGUUAUUUUCUUCACACCAAAGGACAAUAUGAGUAUUUCCCUUGUCAACAAGGAAGCCUUAAACAGUGGAAAUCCUCAACUCUGUAAACAAGAUGAACCAAAUUGGAAACCUGUGAAGUUAACUGGGCCGGGCAAAGGAGAGCAGGUUGCCAGACCGGCCCAUAAAAAGAAAGCUCGAAUGGCGCGGACGCGCUCCGAUUUCUUGACUAGAGGUACUUUUGCCGAUGGGGAGGGGGAUACAGAGGAAGAUGAUUACGAUGACAUUAUUGAGCCCCUUCUCUCCCUUGACCAAGCUUCUCACUCUGAGCUAGGGCUUGCACCCAGCCUGGGUCAGGCCUCUCACAGUGACUCCGAAAUGACGUCACAGCGAUUUUCUUCAGUUGAUGAAGAAGCAAAGCUUCAUAAGACUAUGUCUCAAGGAGAGAUUACAAAAUUGGCAGUGAGGCAGAAAGCUUCAGAUUCGGAUAUAAGACCUCAGAGAGCUAAGAUGAGAUUCUGGGCCAAAGGGAAACAAGGGGAGAAGAAGACUACCCGAAUGAAAGCUGCCACCCAGUCAGAGGUUUUGGGAUUCUUUGCUGGCUCAGAUACGAUUCUAUCUCAUCAGUUUCCAGAUGAAUUAGUUCAGUAUCAUCCGACACCUCCUUUGAGCCCAGAAUUGCCUGGUAGUUGCCGGAAGGAGUUUAAAGAGAACAAAGAACCUUCUCCAAAGGCAAAGCGGAAGCGAAGUGUGAAGAUCAGCAAUGUGGCUUUGGAGUCUAUGCACUGGCAAAAUGACUCUGUCCAGAUCAUAGCAAGUGUCAGUGAUUUAAAAAGUAUGGAUGAAUUUCUUCUGAAAAAGAUGAAUGAUCUAGAUAAUGAAGACAGCAAGAAAGACACAUUAGUGGAUGUUGUAUUUAAAAAAGCCUUGAAAGAAUUUCGGCAGAAUAUCUUCAGCUUUUAUUCGUCUGCCUUGGCGGUAGAUGAUGGGAAAAGCAUACGAUAUAAAGACCUCUACGCACUAUUUGAACAGAUUCUGGAAAAGACCAUGAGGCUUGAGCAGCGUGAUUGGAGUGAAUCUCCAGUCAGAGUUUGGGUCAACACUUUUAAAGUGUUUUUGGAUGAAUAUAUGAAUGAAUUCAAAACUUUGGAUUGUAUACCCACAAAGGUGGAAGAGCACAAUGGUCACAUCUUUAAGGCUACCCAGUAUAGCAUCCCUACAUACUGUGAAUACUGUUCUUCUUUGAUAUGGAUAAUGGACCGAGCCUCUGUUUGCAAAUUAUGCAAAUAUGCUUGCCAUAAGAAAUGCUGUCUGAAAACCACAGCCAAGUGCUCUAAAAAGUAUGAUCCAGAGCUGUCAUCUCGACAAUUCGGGGUUGAAUUGUCCCGUUUGACCAGUGAAGAACGAACUGUUCCUUUAGUGGUGGAAAAGCUCAUAAACUACAUUGAAAUGCAUGGACUGUACACAGAAGGGAUUUAUCGAAAGUCUGGUUCAACUAAUAAAAUCAAGGAGCUUCGACAAGGUCUAGAUACAGAUGCUGAGAGUGUAAACCUGGAUGACUAUAACAUACAUGUCAUUGCAAGUGUAUUCAAACAAUGGCUUCGUGAUUUGCCCAAUCCACUCAUGACCUUUGAGCUCUAUGAGGAAUUUCUUCGAGCUAUGGGCCUUCAGGAGAGGAAAGAAACAAUCCGUGGUGUAUACUCUGUGAUUGACCAGCUCUCCCGAACUCAUCUAAAUACACUGGAACGCCUCAUCUUUCAUCUAGUCAGGAUUGCUCUACAGGAAGAAACUAAUCGAAUGUCUGCUAAUGCUUUGGCCAUUGUAUUUGCCCCCUGCAUUCUUCGAUGCCCUGAUACCAUUGACCCACUACAAAGCGUGCAGGACAUCAGUAAGACUACCACCUGUGUGGAGCUGAUUGUUGUAGAACAGAUGAAUAAAUACAAGGCUCGUCUCAAAGACAUCAGUAGCCUGGAAUUUGCUGAGAAUAAGGCAAAGACCAGGCUGUCACUGAUUCGUAGAUCAAUGGGAAAGGGGCGACUUCGUCGAGGAAACUAUCCAAGUCCAUCCUCUCCUGUUGUGGUCCGGUUGCCCUCCAUGUCCGAUGUCCCAGAAGAGACCUUGACUAGUGAAGCCACAGUGGAGACUGACAUCACAGAACAACAGCAAGCAGCCAUGCAGCAAGAGGAGAGGGUACUGACUGAGCAGAUUGAGAACCUACAGAAAGAGAAGGAGGAGCUAACAUUUGAGAUGCUUGUACUGGAACCCCGUGCUUCUGAUGAUGAAACCCUUGAGUCUGAGGCCUCCAUUGGGACUGCUGAUAGCUCAGAAAAUUUGAAUAUUGAGUCUGAAGGUGCCAUCUCUGAGAAAUCAGAGAGAAGCUUGGUCCUUAGCUCCCUGAAGGCAGCUGGCAAAUCUGAACCUUCAAGCAAGUUACGAAAACAGCUAAAAAGGCAGCAAGACUCUUUGGAUUCAGUAGACUCUUCAUUCUCUACUUUAUGUUCAUCUAACACUGCAUCUUCUCAUGGGACCAGAAAACGAUUUCAGAUUUAUUCUAAAUCUCCUUUCUACCGAGCUGCCUCAGCUGGCGAGGCCCUGGGAGUGGAAGGGCCAUUCGGUCAGACCAAAUCCCUGGAAGACAGGCCUCAGUUCAUCAGCAGAGGAACCUUCAACCCUGAAAAGGGCAAACAGAAAUUAAAGAAUGUGAAAAACUCACCUCAGAAAACCAAAGAGACCCCAGAGGGGACAGUUGUGACUGGCCGCAGGAAAACUGUGGACCCAGACUCCAGCUCCACCCAACAGCUAGCUCUCUUUGGAAAUAAUGAGUUUAUGGUCUGAACUGGCAGCUGUGUGUCCCUUCAUGGCUACAGAGUGGUAAACACAUCUCAGCUUCGGGGCCUCUUCUCAUCCCCUCGUCCACAAUAGUCCAACCUAAUUGUGGUCCUGCCUCUUGCCCAAGCAUACAACCAAGAACUUGUGUGCUAAUUUCCUGGGCCUCCUGCAGAAACAGAAAGGCCUCUGUGAAGCCUGCUGGGGAUGGUGCCAGCUGUGCCUUGGCUGCUGUAUUUGACUGGGGAGUUCACUAAACAGAGCCACCGGGGGCCUGCGGAUUUGGGUCAGUUGUGGAGAUCUUCCUAGUUGCCUCUCCUCCAUCCUCUUUUCCUUCCCAGAGGUGGGUGUUGAACUGGGGGGAACAUGGUGGGCCUGAGGGAACCACUGAUUUUUGACAUUUGAAGAAAACAUAUAAAUCUUUCUUAACCGUGAAAGCAAAAGCCUUUGGGUUUAUUUUGGGAUAGUUAGGAGCUGGGGUAGAAUAUAAUUUUUUUCCAAGGAUUUAUAAACAAAAAGCUUAAGCCCUCUAUUUUAAGAUUUUUGAGAAAUACUCCAUGUUAUAUUCUGGGGAAAGUAAAAAUGUAAUUGUUUCCAUGAAGCCAUCAGAGCAUGUCUCAGACAUCUGGUUACAUGAUGAAGAAGAGAGUACAUGUUUUGUUUUUUGAUGAUGUUCAGUGUCAUAAUAAUGCCGGUUUCACUCCUGGUUAGUUUCUGCCAAAUAUAUUGCAUGGGCUGAAGUUUCAGUUUUCCUACUGUACUCAGACUUCCUGGUCCUAGGAUUAGGUUCCUCUAAUUUUUUUAAAGCAUCUCAGAGAUGUGGUGAUCCCUAAACAAGAGGGUCUCAUCCUAAUCCACCCAGGCUUUCCUCUUUGUAUAGAUUAAUAAGCUGAAGAUCACGUACGAACCUGUUCAUCUGCUGGUGGAUUUCCACCACAAACUCAGACAAGUGAUGUGACCGUCUAAUCACUUCUCCUAAAACAUUCAUACACAACACUGCAUGAAUAAGUGUUAACAGAAAGCUGCCAAAAAAAAUUAAAAAUUUUUAAUAUAACCAUCUAACUAUUACCUUCUUUUCCUCAGACCAUCAGUAUUAAAUAGAUGAAAAAAUAAAUCAAGGACUACUUGAAGCUAUUUUUGUUAAUAUUCUGGUUACUGAAGUUUACUGUAAAUAUAUAUGUAUAGUAUGCAUAUUUCUUUUUAACCUUAUGCUUCCCUCCUCCUGGUGGAAUUUCUUCCCACAGAUUAAGGGCCAUUGGAUAGGGGUGAGAGCCACUAUCCCAGGGUUGAGGGAAAAACCAGACCAUCUUUUUCACCACUGGGUGUCUCCCUACACCUGAGCUAUAAUAGCAUUUUAAGCUUCUUAGCAUUUGUGGGAUUAGAAAUCUGUUUUUGCUAUUUAUAAUAUAUGGAAGAUGAAACAUGAUACUCUUUCUUGAGAUAAGUAUGUGAAAAUGUUUAUUUUUAAAGUUACUAAAUGCAUCUUGUCUAACUACCACGUGCACUGUUCUGAAAAAGAGCCUUUACCAUCUGUAACCUGAAUUUUGGUUAUUCUUUCUUUUCAUACUUCGAUUUGAAGUUGUGGAAAUGUUAAGACUUUGUUAGGGCAGAUUCUCUCCUGUUACACAACACUGAACCUCAUGUCACUGCCUCAGUGGUUAUUGUCAAGCCCCAGAGGUCAGGCUUAGAACAUCAUUCUGAGUGGCAGCUAAAGGUAGCAGGAGUCUUACCUCUCCCUGGUUUGGUUUCAGAAAUGAGCUAGGGAAAGGAAUCUUUUUAAAUCUCCAGAAUGAUGAUGGUUGUGAGUAAGUGUUAGAUUUUAUAUCCCGCAAACAUCUGCCACCUUAUUCAUGCUGAGGAAUAAUAAAUGUUAAAGCCUUUUAAAAAUCGAACUUUGGAGAAUCUCUUAGAGGAAAGCCCAACCCCUCAGCAUGGUCAGGUCCCAGUGGGACUUCUGGGGCCCCAGGGCCCCAAGCCAGGCUACGCAGGCUGUUUCAGUAUUCCUGGGGGAGUAGUGUCCUGCUGGGCAUGGACUGCUACUCUCUACUUGCUCCAGAACAUUGAUUAAAUACCACAUGAGAAAGAGAUGACCCUUGUUGGAUAAUUUCCUUUGGCUCCAAGGAACGGCCUAGAGAACACAUCUUGGCAUAUGUUCUCCCUUCUAAAUUUUUGCAGAUUUUCUUUGUUUGUUUGCAAAAUAAGUUUUUGGCAGUUGGAAAAAAAAAAAAAAAAAUUACUCCUGUAGGCCACUUUAGAAGAACUAGGCAAUGGAUGUUAAGAGACUUUAUAUUUCUCAGGGACCUGAAACCUGAAUUUGGAUAAAAUUAAAUAAAAAAUACUUGUUUUUUGGUUGCUAGAUUUGUGGAUUUCUAGUCAUUUAACAAAGUGCCAGAAUGGAGGGUUGUGGGGGCGGGGAGAGAUCCGCACAAUCCUAAGAAUUAAGAGCAAGUGUGGGACCCCCCCUUUGAAGGAAAGAAAGCUUUGCUUCUCAUAGGAUAACAAAUACUGUUGGCCUAACAAAGAGAUGAAGCCAUAACUCCUAAAAACUGUCAGAACCAAGUGCUGUAUCUUCUUCCAUAUGGUCUUAACUGGUCCUCUCUGUGGUUAAAGUUAUGUCACCACAAAGUGAUGCUGUAUUAUAAUCAUUUACAAUGAAGAUGUGUAACCCUCAUAUACAUCGCAGCUGCGCUGCCCAUUGCUUCUGCUUUGCUUUUCUUUGAUCUCACAUGCUACAGACAAAAAUCCCUGUGUGGCAGCAAUGGGGCAGCCCCACAUUUGGAGCCCAUACUCCAAAAUACAGAGGAAUUCUGUUCGUAUCACACAUUCCAGCCCCAAACAAAGCCUGGAUUUGCACUUCUCCACAUUAAAGCCAGCUAUCCCUUAUCAUGGAAAAUGAAAUAGAAGCAGAGAAGUAUCAUUUUAAGGUUACAUUGUGUAUCAUAAGUGAAGCAAAUUUGUUUAAACAGCAAGGAUCAGGGAGGUGACAUACUUAGUUUGUAAUGCACUUCCUGCCAUUUUAAUUCCUUUGCUACUCUGGGCUUCUAGAAACACAAAGGGGAGAUACAGAGUUCUCAGUACCGGCCUUGAAGAGACAGAGGGACCUGAAGUCAGGGAAUGGGAUACCAGAGCCCCUACCUUCUCAUACUUUGGAAACCAGCCGCAGCUCUUACCCUGCUGCUGGGAGGUUAGUGGAGACUUCUGUGUUCUUGACAGAGGGUGGUUUUCACUGUCAAAGACAGAGAAGAGAAGAGGGGGUCCCAGAAGCAUGCUGAAAAGAGGAAGUCCAGCAAGGUUCUGCAGGCCCACUUCAGUGACUCUGGGCCAUGUUGGGUUUAUUUGUUUUUGUAUUUUUAAACUAUAACUAACGAAUGUGUACCUUUCACAAGCACUUUGGUGAACUAGAGAAGAAAUUCUCAGGAUGUGUUCAAAGCUAAGAGAGUUUUAAUUUUAAAAAGAAACAUAGUUCAGAUGGUUUUCCUCAUCGGUGGGGGAGCUAGGCAAUGGGCAUGCAUCGUUCUGUGUUGACAAAUGCAUUAUGUCUAUCCAUAAUUUUGUGACAGUUCCCCAGCACUGUCCACCCAAUAACACAAUGCCGGCCUUGGUAGUAAGUCCUUGGCAUUUGAGGGAGUCCUCAGUCUUUCUGUGCCCCUCAUAUAAUUUUUACCACUUUUUUUCUGGAACCACUCCCACAUUUGAUUUGGUGUUAAAAGGUAACAGCAAAAUAAUGAUUGUGGAGGUGGAUCUAUUAGGUCUUAUCGGUCUCUUGGUUAAAAGUGUUUUCAAAAAAGCCACACGAAGGCACCUAUCCCCUUGCUAUUCAUUUAUAAUUAAUACCUAUUAUCAACCCUCUUAGGUCAUAUAAAAGUUGGCACCUUUUGAACCAAGUAAUUGCAUUUACUAGAGGAAACGUGUGGAUUACAAAUUAGUAUUGUAUUAUUUUAAUAGAUUCAAAGUAAUUUAUAAGUAUGCUGAGUGUAAAUUUUUAAAAGACUAUGUAUUGUAAAAAGACAUAUCCUGUGAAAUAUAAUAUCAUUUUACUGUUUAACAGAAUAAUUCUAUAAAAAGAAUGAUUUAUCUCACCCACAGAACUGAUUACAUUCCUGAUGCAAUCAACAGGCACUUUGUAAUUUCCUUUUGGGUUGGUUUUUUGGUUGUUGUUUUUUUGUUUUUGUUUUUGUUUUCUGUUGUUGUGGGGGGGGGAGCAAAACAUCAUCUGUAGAAAGUGCAGUUUGUGUCACUCCGAAUAUGCACUGUACAGCUACACAAAAGCAGCUUGAUGAACAAAUCACUCCAUGGCUCAUUAAAGAACAAAGCUUCCA